GUUAUAAUUUCUCCAUAGGAAGAGCGGAUGUUUGGGAGGCAAUUGGCCAAUAUACCAGGUGUCAAUGAUCAAACGUCGUUCAUCUUCUUUGCUUGCACAGGAAAGGUGAGCUGCGUGUGGAGGAUCGGACGCAGUCACUCCCCCUAAACCGCCCCAAAUCGGUACACUUUUAUCUUAAACAAAAUUUUAAGUUAUCUUCCAAGCGCAGCUUUGUCGUCUUCUCCCUUCAGAUGCCCAUAAAAGAAGAAAAAAAAAAAGUUUCAACUGUGGUUUAUUCGUGGGAGUCGUCACCAAUCGAAAGUUUUUCCCAAUCCCAAAGAAAUCGAUGGAGUCAGCCAAAGAUAACCUGAAGCAAGAAGCUCACCUUCUCAUCUUCCCCUCCCCUCUACAAGGCCACAUAAACACCAUGCUACGCUUAGCUUAUGCACUCUCCGUUGAGAGCGGCCUCCGCAUCAGCUUCCUCAACACUGACCACAACCACCGCCUUCUCAGCUUCUCCUCCCCUUCCCAACACUCCCCUUUCUCUCUUCUCUCGAACUUCCGCUUCCUCUCCAUACCAGACGGCCUACCCGAUGACAAUCCUCGCUCAACGUUCUAUCUGACUGAGCUCCUUCAAUCGCUCAAAACCCGCGCGGUGGAUUCUUUCCGCGCGCUGCUGCUCGCCGGUGGGAACAGAGACACCGACGGUUGGCCGCCUGUGACCUGCGUUAUCGUGGACGGACAACUUCCCCAUUUCAUGGACGCAGCUCAGGAACUGGGGAUCCCUGCGAUUUUAUUCCGAACUAUUAAUGCAUAUUCCCUUUGGGUUUAUCUCCAGAUCCCUCAGAUGAUGGAGGCCGACGAGCUCCCUUUUCCAGCCGAUGAAGACCUUGAUGUACCCAUAAAGAGCGUGCCGGCCAUGGAAGGCUUUCUCCGGCGUCGAGACCUACCAAAAAUGUGUCGAGGAGCAACUAAAGCUGAUAACGAAAAGCUUCAGUUAUUGGCCAGCAAUUCCGCCAGCGCUACGCGGUCGAAAGGACUAAUCCUCAACACGUCAAACUCUCUCGAAGCUCCCAUCCUAUCUAAAAUCCGCUCCCUCUUCCCCAACACCUACGCCAUCGGCCCCAUCAACGCCCUAGUCGAAUCCAUCACCUCAUCCUCUGUCUCUGCCAAUCUCUUCGCCGAGGACCGCUCGGCACUCAGCUGGUUGGAUUCCCAGCUGGACCGCUCCGUCGUUUAUGUCAGCUUCGGCAGCAUAGCCCUGAUGAUGGAAGAAGAGUUUAUGGAGAUCUGGAACGGACUCGUCAAUAGUGGUCACCGCUUUUUGUGGGUGGUGAGGCCUGACUUGGUAGCCAAUGCAACGGUGACGAUCAAGUUGGCGGAAUUGGAGGAGAGAGUAAGAAUUGUGGAGUGGGCGCCGCAGGAGGAGGUCCUGAGGCACCGUGCGGUGGGGUGUUUUAUUACGCACUGCGGGUGGAAUUCGACGGUGGAGGGUAUGGCGGCAGGGGUGCCGAUGGUGUGUUUUCCGUGGUUGUGGGAUCAGUUUGUUAUUAGUAGGUUAGUUGGGGAGGUUUGGAAGGUGGGGUUAGAUAUGAAGGAUAUGUGUAGGAGGGAUGUGGUGGAGAGUAUGGUGAGGGCGGCGAUGGAGGGGGAGAAGGCGGAGGAGCUCCGGCAGGCAGCGGCGGAAAUGGCGGUGGAGAUUGGGAGGAACGUGGGGGAAGGUGGGGAUUCCAGGUUGGACUUCGAGAGAUUGGCGAGGGAUAUUUUGUCGUUAAGCUUGAGUGCAUAUGGUGAGGAGAGACGAGGGAUCUGAGAAGUUUUUCAAGUGACGCGGCGGUCUUUGUGGAGGUUAUUGAAUUGUGACUUCUUCUAUUAGCGUGCGAAUUUGUCUUUUUAAAAUUUAAAUGUAUUUUACUAUUUUAUUUCCAAUGUAAUACAUUUUGGAAUAUUUUGAAUCAAGGAAGAAGUUUCAAAUAAAAUAAAUUUUAUAAUUUACAAAAAUACCUAGUGCAUGAUGUGGUGAAUCUUUUGUUUAUUUAUUUUUUAAUAUUGAACUUU